AUGUGUGCAUUGUUAAUGUUACUAUUGGCGACAAAUUUUGCUUAUAUUUUGGCCAAUCAGAAAGAGGCCAAUCUUGGCCUAAUACCAGAUGAUAUUAUCUGUCCAUUUUGUAUUGCAUUAAUUGAAAAAUUCCAACAAACUACUCAACAAAACUCAGCUUUCAAAAAUGUUCUAUGCGAAUCAAUUUCAGCAAAAAAUCGUAAAAAUUACAAUUCUUGUAUUGAAUCAUUCAAUGAGAUGACAGUGGAAAAGUUGAAAACAUUAAGUGCUGAAGAUUUAUGCAAAAACCAGAAAAUUUGUCCAAUUCAUUAUAAAAAGGUGAGGGAUAUCAUGCGCUGA